CUGGUAACGGUGAGGCCGGUCCGUAGCUCUUAACUGCCUGAAACAUGUCUGGCCGCGGCAAGCAGGGAGGCAAAGUCCGAGCUAAGGCCAAGUCGCGCUCGUCGCGGGCCGGGCUGCAGUUCCCCGUGGGCCGAGUGCACCGUCUCCUUCGGAAAGGUAAUUACGCGGAGCGGGUGGGCGCCGGAGCGCCCGUCUACAUGGCUGCCGUGCUGGAGUACCUGACGGCCGAGAUCCUGGAGCUGGCGGGCAACGCGGCCCGCGACAACAAGAAGACGCGCAUCAUCCCCCGCCACCUGCAGCUGGCCAUCCGCAACGACGAGGAGCUCAACAAGCUGCUGGGCAAGGUGACGAUCGCGCAGGGUGGCGUGCUGCCCAACAUCCAGGCCGUGCUGCUGCCCAAGAAGACCGACAGCCACAAAGCUAAAAGCAAAUAAGCACAGCGAGCAAAGCUACCCAGACUUUGCAAUAUUGUAACCCAAAGGCUCUUUUCAGAGCCACCCACAUAAUCAAAAAAGAGUUGUAUUGCUUUCUUUGUAAAAGCACUUUAGUGCUGUUUUUUGAUCCUGCUGUUAAACUAAGCCCACUGAUUCUGUGACCAAGUUUUAAAACUUGGUUCUUCCCCAUGGGGUGAUAGCAUUUGCCUUCUAACUUCUGAUCUUUUUUAAUGGAAAAACGCUAAUUGCAUUGGUGCUGAGUCAUUUUGAUUUGUAAUGCAAUGAGUAAAAUAUUUGGUUUUAAUAUUGAAACUGUUCAACUGUGAAUUUACAGGCUUUUUAUAGUGUGAAAUGGAGGUGAUUAAAAGACUGAGGCAGCAGUGGAAAGGGAUGCAGCAUAGAAGGGAUGCAUCUCAAACCCUGUAUAACUAUGUCUAAGAAUGAAGAAAGGCUUCCCUUUUACUCCUUAUUUUAUUUUGCAAUGCAAAGAUUCCCUGUGACUUGACUUCAUUUAGAAAUAAAAUGAUAAAUGAUUUAGGAGAUAUAUCUCAACUUGAUCUUGACCCUCAACUAGUCAAUCCUGCCUUGUAAAGCAGUAAUGUAGUAUCUUUUCUUUCAGAUUAAAAACCUUUGCAGUGAUGGUAUAUUCCUGUUUAAAAUGGGAUUUUUACUUGAGACUCUCUCCUAUUAAGUUUCCUCCCCGUACAUAACUAUUUCUCUUGUUACAUCAGUAUCUGAGGGGAGGGCAAUAUUAUGUGAAUUAAUCUACAUUGAUACAGCAACUACCUCACGGGAGCACAAUGUUGUUACUCCCUGCCCUCAAGCUAUAACAGAGGCGUUUUGGGAAGGACUGUACCAUGGC